ACUCUAUGUUUACAAAACGAAGAAGCUCUAGCAGUCAUACGGCGUUCCUCUAAUCCCUAGUUUCUUCUUGCGUUCGUCUAAAAUCUCUCGCCUUCCAUCUCCGCCCCACUCUCGGUUCUCCCAUGGUAGCAGCAGAUCAGCAUGCCCCCUCACCUUCAGCAACAAAUUAACUCUACAAACCGAAAUCAUCUGCUAGGUCUCUCCAUUUCGGCGUGAUUUGGAGAUUUCCAUGGCGAAUCUGUUGCUGAGGGAUCUGGAAGCUGAUGGGUGGGAACGCUCUGAUUUCCCCAUCAUCUGCGAAUCUUGCCUCGGUGAUAACCCCUACGUUCGCAUGACGAGAGCUGAUUAUGAACGUGAUAUCUUCCUUAUCUGAAUGCAGACGAGAGCUUCUUCUUCCCUCCCUUCCUUAACAUUGGUGCCUCCAUCAACUCCUCCUGCCCUGCGUGAAAACGCUGAGCAAUGCCCGGCGGCAGAUAAAGAAGAAGCCAAAUCCAAGAACUCGAUGAGCUCGAGGUUCGCGCCCGGUCCAAUGCUUUUCGUUCUUUAAUUUAUUUAUUUUUAGAUAUCUAUGUGUAUAUUUCGUAAGGUUAAACAAAAGAGAUCUUGAUUUUGGGGAUGGAGAUUUUAUUGUAGUACAGAGUUGUCAUCUUCGCCUUAAUUUCUGUUUCUUCCUUUCCAAUUUUUAUCUUCAAAUCGGUUUCUUCUCCUUCAAUUUUCAUCUUCUGAAAUCAAUCUUCUCCAAAUCGGUUCUCCGCUCCCUUUACGUUCUGAUUUUUCAUUUUUCUUUCGUGGAUCCUGUUGUGGCUAAAACCCUCUUUCUAUCUCCUCCCUUCACCAUUUCUCAACCUCUCUUUCUCUUAAUCCCACAUUCUUCCCACUGUCUUUCUCUCGGCGGCAGCGGCGACGUUUUUAAAUUUCCUUUUGUUUUUUUCUCAUUUUACCGUUCCGGUUCCACGAUCCAUCUCUCUCAAAAUUUAUUUUGUAUAUAUGUAAGAAUCUACAGGUCGAAUGCAUCUCCACCUUGUGUUGCACCCAAAGAGAAUUUCUCCGUGCUCGUUUCUCUCAAAAUCUGUGUUCUGCACUUCAUCUUCUUCAUCUCAGUUGUCCCAUUUCUACUCCCCAUCGUCAAGACCAGCUCUCGAGCCUGCUUUCAAGCAGGCGUCGACUUCUUACUAUGCUUCUCUCCUCCAAUCUUGCAUUGUCCAGAAGGCGAUAGAGCCUGGAAAACAGCUUCAUGCACGUAUAUUCCAAGUGGGUCUUGGAUUCAACCCUCUAUUGGCUACCAAACUGGUUAGUCUUUAUGGUGCCUGCAACUCUUUGACGAAUGCCCAUCUCCUAUUUGAUAGAAUUUCCAAACGAAAUUUGUUUCUCUGGAAUGUUAUGAUACGAGGUUAUGCAUGGAAUGGGCCGUAUGAGGCUGCAAUUUCACUUUACUAUCAAAUGCAAGAUCAUGGGUUUGCCCCAGAUAAAUUCACCUUCCCAUUUGUCUUAAAGGCUUGCUCGGCUCUUUCUGUCAUGGAAGAGGGAAAGAAGAUUCACCAACAUGUCAUACGCACUGGGCUGGAGACUGAUGUGUUUGUUGGUGCGGCCCUAAUUGAUAUGUAUGCGAAGUGUGGCUGUGUGGAAAGUGCUCGCCAGGUGUUUGAUAAAAUUAUUGAGAGAGAUGCGGUGUGUUGGAACUCGAUGCUCGCAGCUUAUUCACAGAAUGGGCAACCAGGUGAUUCCCUAUCUCUCUGUGGAGAAAUGGCGUUUGCAGAAGUGAAACCCACCGAGGGGACACUUGUCAUCUCCAUCUCAGCUUCUGCUGAUAGUGCAACUCUUCCUCAAGGAAAAGAGCUUCACGGGUACAGUUGGAGACAUGGAUUUGGGUUAAAUGACAAGGUAAAAACCGCUUUGGUAGAUAUGUAUGCCAAGAGCGGCUUUGUAAAGGUUGCUAGAAGUCUGUUCGAGAUGCUGAACAAGAAGAGGGUAGUCUCUUGGAACACCAUGAUUACUGGGUAUGCAAUGCAUGGUCAUGCUACUGAAGCUCUGGACUUGUUUGAAGAAAUGAAGAAGAAAGCUAUGCCUGAUUAUAUAACUUUUGUUGGCGUUCUAGCAGCUUGCAGCCAUGGAGGGUUGCUCGAUGAAGGGAAGAUGUAUUUCAGAUCCAUGGUGAUUGAUUGCCUUAUAGAUCCUACUGUUCAGCAUUACACUUGUAUGAUUGACCUACUUGGCCAUUGUGGUCACUUGGAAGAAGCUUACAAUCUGAUAAUGGAAAUGAGAGUGGAGCCUGAUGCUGGUGUCUGGGGUGCCCUGCUUCACUCCUGCAAAAUCCAUGGCAAUGUGGAGAUGGGUGAGCUUGCGUUGGAGAAGCUAUCCGAGCUCGAACCUGAUGAUGGUGGGAAUUUUGUAAUUCUAUCGAACAUGUAUGCCCAAGCAGGUAAAUGGGAAGGAGUUGCAAGGAUGAGAGAUCUCAUGAUGGAUAGGGGGUUGAAGAAAAGCAUUGCUUGUAGUUGGAUAGAAGUGAAAAACAAAGUUCAUGCCUUCUUGUCAGAAGAUACUUCCCAUCCCAAGUUUGAAGCAAUCUAUGCAGAGUUAAAGAGGAUAGGGAAGUUAAUGAAGGAAGCUGGCUAUGCACCACAGACCAGUUCAGUUUUCCAUGAUGUAGAGGAUGAUGAAAAGGUUGAUAUGGUGUGCAGCCACAGUGAAAGACUAGCCAUUGCCUUUGGACUCAUCAGCACAGCUGCAGGAACCAGGCUCUUGAUUACCAAGAAUCUUCGAGUUUGUGAGGACUGUCAUGUGGCAAUCAAGUUCAUAUCGAAAAUUAUGGGAAGGGAAAUAACUAUUAGAGAUGUUAAUCGUUACCAUCACUUCAAAGAUGGACUUUGCUCCUGUGGUGAUUUCUGGUAAGCGAUUGAAACGAAAUGUUGAAGAUUCUGGCUUGGGCGACUAAAUGGGUAGCAGAAGUAAUUAUGUGGACAAGGACUGAAAAAGGACAAUGAAAAAGAAACAUUCGAAUUUAGGAUUCGUUUGCCACCAAUAGCAUUGAAUCCUUGGAAAUGAGAAAUCAUAAAGCAGAAACCAUAACAUUUACCUGUCGCCAUUGCCACAACGAGGCCAUGACCAGGAAGAAGAAGUUUCAUUUUGAUGCAUGUGGUUCUGCAGAGUUUGUGGUCGGGAGAAUUUCUUUCACUGUGAAAAAUGUGGCUAGAUCUGGUAUAGAUUAUGAGUCCCAUUUGGUAAGGCACGGCCAAAUGAUACUAUUUGAAGCUUCAAAGAACUACACCGUAUUACAAGAGGAACCGUGCACAUGUUUGUAGUUUCUAUAUUAGGGGUGAAUGCACUAGAGGUUCUGAAUGCCCUUACAGACAUGAGAUGCCUGAAACUGGAGAGCUGUCCCAACAAAAUAUAAAGGAUCGAUAUUAUGGGGUUAAUGAUCCAGUUGCACUGAAGCUUCUUAACAAGGCUGGAGAAAUGCCUUCUCUAGAACCUCCGGAGGAUGAGAGYAUUAGAACCUUGUAUGUGGGCGGUCUAGAUGCUCGAGUYGCCGAGCAAGAUCUUCGGGACAACUUUUAUGCUCAUGGUGGAAUUGAAUCCAUCAGAAUGGUGCUACAGCGAGCAUGUGCAUUUUUAACCUACACCACCAGAUUGUUGAUGUAUUAUGAUUGACUGCACACCGAUGCCUGAGGAAUAUAACCAUGAGGUAUCAAAUUCUCUGCAACGACUGUAGCCAAUAUGAGCGAAGUUUGUUUUCACAUUUUGGGACACAAGUGCAGUCAGUGCAUUACAGGCCGAAGAACCCGUCAUUUUUACCGAAUGGACAUGAGAAUCUCAACAAAGACAUUAAGGGUAAAAUUGAAAAUUUUAAAGGGCCAAUGACCAACUUGAGAAUUACUCAUAACGAUUAAAGGCUCUUGCCUAAACUUUAUUGAUCCAGCCUUUGUUCGUUGUAGAUAAUAGCAAUGAACCUUGAACUGACUUGUGUGUGUUUCACAAGAGAUUUUGUAGAUAAUCAAUAAGUCACUAGCAGAAGUAUUUGGACAGUAAAUUGUCCUUGUUGUUUUGUAAUGUAACUGCCUCAAUUUGGACUAAUCUCUCUAUUAUAUUCGUAGUUCAUUUUAACGAA